AUGAAUCAUGAUAUUUCAUCAUUUUGGCUUAUUUGUGAUAAUCAAACCUGUCACUGUGACUGGAGAGUAACUAUAGUAGAUUGUAAAGAAAGAGAAACGAUGAUCUAUAUAUAUAUUAUAAACGCAGUCUGUUCUUUAAUUAAUUCGUUUUUAAGUAAUAUUCAUUAUACAACGAUCAUUGUAAUAAUAAUAAGCAAGAACUGA